CAGUUUCAUAUCGAUGGUUUAGCAAUACCAUUCGAACAGAAAAAAACUCUUGUUCCAAUUCUACAAAUCAACCAACAAGUGCAAAAGAGAGCAACCCCCGCAACGGAGAACAAACAACCAUGGCGAAGCAGCAGUUGAAGCCUACCUUUGAUGAUGUGAUGGGUUGCCAGGCAGCGUGCUACGAGUGGGCAGACAGCUACGACAGCAAGGACUGGGCGCGCCUGCGCAAAUGCGUGGCACCCACGCUGAAGAUCGACUACCGAUCCUUCUUGAACAAGCUGUGGGAGUCGAUGCCCGCCGACGAAUUCAUCACCAUGGCAUCCGACCCGGCGGUUCUGGGAAACCCACUGCUCAAGACGCAGCACUUCAUCGGGGGCACGCGGUGGGAGAAGACGGCCGAAGACGAAAUGAUUGGUUAUCACCAGCUUCGUGUGCCGCACCAGAGAUACACCGACGAUAGCUUCACCAAGGUGGCCGUCAAGGGGCACGCGCACAGUUUCAACCUACACUGGUACAAGAAGGUCAACGGCGAAUGGAAAUUUGCGGGACUCAACCCAGAUAUCAGAUGGUUCGAGUACGAUUUCGACAAGGUGUUUUCCGAGGGCCGUGAUAGCUUUGGAGAGGCCAAGAGCGCGGCUGGGAUCCCCGAACAGGCGAAGAACAUUGCUGGAGUCAAGUAGA